AUGACGACUCCUUUGUCUGGCUAUGGCCAUCACUUUGGCAUUGGCAACAUACCCUUCGGAGUAGCUUCUCAUGCCGAGAAUACCAGGCCGACCUGUGUCACCAGAUAUGGCGACUCGGUCAUAUUUCUGAGCAAGUUGGCGGACCUUUCCACUCACAAGGAUCUCAAGGCCGCGCUCGACCAGUCCAGCUUGAACAACUUCGCGGCUUUCGCAAAGCCAAGUCAAUUAACUGUCCGGAAGCACAUCCAAGAUGCCAUCCGCAGGGAUGAGACUCUCUCGGCGCUUCCCAAAGAUGCCGUCAAGCACAUAUCUGAAGUUACAAUGCAUCUCCCCGUUGAAGUGGGUGACUUCACAGACUUCUCUUGCUCCCAUCACCACGUUCAGAAUGCCGCAGAGGCAAUGACUGGCAAGCGAUCUACUCCGCCAGCGUUUUUCAAUAUGCCCAUCGGCUACGCAGGCCGUUGCUCGAGCAUCGAUGUCUCCGGCACACCGGUUUACCGUCCGCUUGGCCAACACUGGAAAGAGAAGCCUAUGGACAGCGAAAUCGUCUUUGGACCUUGCGAGAAAAUGGACUACGAACUUGAGCUUGGAUGCAUCAUCGGCAGACCACUUCUCAGGAAUGCAAGAGUACUAGCUGAAGAUGCUGAGGAGCACAUCUUCGGGUACGUGCUGAUCAACGAUUGGAGCGCUAGGGAUAUUCAAGCCCUCGAAAUGAUCCCAUUGGGUCCACUGAACGGCAAGAACGCUGGAACGACAAUGUCGCCUUGGAUCAUUACUACGGAUGCCUUAGAAUCUUUCAAGACCGCUCCUCCCAAGAGGGUACAACAGCAGGUCUCAUAUCUCAAACAGAGCGGCAACAAAGCCAUCAACACCCAACUACAGGUGGAUAUUGCUUCACCCAACAACGGGCGUACGCCACAGACCAUGUGUGUCAGCAACAGCUCUUGUAUGUACUGGAAUCUAUCUCAAUGUGUUGCACAUCAGGCAAUUGGCGGCUGUGGGCUGCGAACUGGCGAUCUUCUGUCUACAGGGACGGUGAGCGGUGAAGGUGACAGCGAGCACGGAUGUCUUCUAGAGUUUAUGAAGGCCAGCAGUACUCCUCCCAGAGGAUACCUGCAAGAUGGGGAGACGGUAACGUUUUCUGGAUACUGUGGUGAGGGAGUUGGCUUUGGCGAGUGCGUUGCUACACUGCUGCCUGCUAAAGAGCUAUGA